AUGGGCAACGUUUGUAGUUUUCGAAGACGACGUAUCCGGCUCUUGUCGGAGGAAGAUGGCCUGAGACCGCUCCUUUCGCCACUAUCACAUAGUCGUCGCUCAUUCUCAUUCGACAAUACUGACUUCACCAACAGGCAAGUGGACACGGAUAAAUAUACCACCCUCACGCAGGCUCGGCAAUCCGCAAAACCUUAUAUCCUCGUGCUCAUCGACGGUGAUGGGUUGAUUUUCCAGAAAGACUUCUUCAACUGCAAUGAUCCAGAUCACCCAGGUAGAGGUGGGGCUGAGGCAGCACGUUAUCUUUAUUCUGCCAUCCAACACCUCGAACAAAAUACUUCCCAAUUCCGCGACGGUGAAGAAAUAACAAUCUCCCAGUCAUCUCUCUCCUUUUCUCGAACUAAAGCUGGUGGCAAGGGUUCAUCAGGGUAUGACAGCAAGCUGCCCAUCGUAGUCAACAUCUUUCUCAAUAGAAGUGGCUUGUGGUACGCAUUGAAGGGCGUGAGAGAUACUCAAUUCCGAGCGUUCUGGGAGGAAUUUUGUGGUGCACAUGAGCUCUUCUCCGGACGUCGGCUAAAACCCCUAUCAGCGCACCUGCAUCUUUUGGCAGGCAAUCCGGCUUGCAAGACCAUCUACGCUGGAAUCAGCCACGAUACAGGCUAUGCCUCCACUUUGAACAGUUUGCAGACUGAAAGAAAACUCCAUAACGUGGUCCUUCUCAAAGGUUAUGAAGAGGUUCCACCCCGCAUCGCCUCCUUCAGGUUACCAACCGUUUCCAUGCCCGAAUUAUUCAGGACCGAUCGGAUAGUCAUCAUGCCAACGUCAGUUCCUUCCAUUUUCUCCCCGCCUACGGCAGAACCUUCCCUUCUGAUCGAUCUCGACGAACUGCCCGCCGGAUCUCAGAGUCCCGUUAAGAUAGAUGCCGUUCUUGUUCAAGCCCAUGAUGAAUCUACACAUCUUCUGGACGAUGUUCCCGAAGCUCAAGAGGAUCCCGCUGAAGCUCCUGUUUCCACUACGGAUGCCGAUGCAGGAGCUACAAAAGUCCAUGAUGACUCGGUGAAUGCUCAAGACGAUUCGUCUGUACCUCAAGAGACGUCCACUGAAGUGGGGGAGAUCCCCGUGGAGAACCAGGAAAUCGCCAAGGUUACUUUACCCGUAGAGGGUGAAGCCGAACGAACCCCCGUCAUUCCUCAAGAUCUCGUACCCGAGUUCAGCGACAUCGCACCCCCAGACGACACUAGGAGUUAUGCCGAGACCACAGGCGUCACAGAAGACAGCGUUGACAUAUCGACCGCUACGACUGAGGUCCAAGAUGAAUCCCUAUCCAUAUCAGAACACCCUGCCAUGUCCAUUGAUGAAUCCGUCGAACCCGAACGAGAAGCGCCCACAGUGUCCACCGAGUCCAGGAAAUCCAUUCGUUCUCGUCCUCCACGGUCGUAUAGUUCAGCGUUGGGCCAGACAGCUCCCAAAUCUAUCCUUGUCACGACCCCACGUCCUACUUCAAGUGUCGGUCCUUAUCGUCCACCGGCACAACGAGCCAAAGAAAUAACGGCACGUUCUCAAGAGUCAGACGGAUCGGGGUGGCAAGUCGCCAGGUCUGCUCCCACUCGUUCUCAGACCGUUAUCUACGGUCAAGGGACGAAACGGACAAAGAAAUCAGUCAGAGAGAUGAAUCCUGGUCCGUGUCAAUGGGCUCAGAGAAAUGACCUACGAGAAACAGUUCGACGUUUACCAUGUUCAGCCAAGAAAGAAGGUAAAUGUCCAGAGGUAAACGGGAAAGGCCCAUGUAUAUACGGGCAUAAAUGUCCUUAUGGUGUACGGUGUAAUCAACCGAAGGAUUGCAGGUUCAAAGAUGUUCCCGGGGCUCAUGAUUGA